GAUCCACGCACAUGCGCGUUGAAAACGGAACCAGCAUGUGUCCAAAGAUAAACAAAUAAUUUGACAGGAAGGUGCCUUUCUGACAGUUUUUAAAAUAACGAAAACUUGAUUUAGAGCUAACUGGUUGGUAAAUUUACACCAAAAAUGAGUACAACUAAAUUUAUAGGAUUUUCUAGACUCACAAAACAGUGCUGGCAUUUCACAGCAAAUGUAAUGGCAAAAAGAAAAUUGCAUCAGUUUAUAACAACAAAUUUAACUUCAAAACUGUAUCAAGUUCAAGAAUAUCAAGGACGACAAUGUGUAAAACCUAUUCAACAGAUAAGAAGCUUUUCAAGGUCUAAAUGUUUACCAUCAGAGUCAACUGGUGGAACAAGUAGUUUGCCAGAAAAACAAGAAGUAAAAAAAUUUUUAGCUUACACUUGCAAAGUGUGUAACACAAGGAAUAGUCACAUGUUUUCAAAGUUAGCAUAUGAAAAGGGAAUUGUUAUUGUCACUUGUGAAGGAUGCAAGAACAAACAUCUAAUAGCAGACAACCUUGGAUGGUUUAAACAUGUUGAGAAAAGAAACAUUGAAGAAAUUCUAGCAGAAAGAGGAGAGGAGGCUCGGUAUAUUCUAAAUGACAGUGAUGAUAUUGAACUAAUUUUGAAGAAUACACCAAAAACAGAUGAAACUACAUAAACAGUCGGUGUCAGUGUUUGAUAGCAUAUACUUCUAAAAAAGGUUGAUUAUUUAAAACACAGUGUAUAAACAAAAUCAACGUACCUGUCUUGCAAGAUUCUACCAUUCUUGUGAUUAAAAGCACAUGCUAUGUACGAUCACUGUACCUCUCUUGGGAGAUAAUAUUACUUGUGUCUUUCUUGCAAUAACAAAAGUAAAUUUGUUUAUAUGCUGUGCAAUAUAAGGCAGAAGAUCUUUUUGAGACUAACCUUUUAAAUGGUGUACAGUUACACACUGCAUUUUUGAGAGGCAUUAAAAUGAGUUGAUAAAUAGCAAAAUUACUACUUAGGUGAUAACGUUCAACUAAUAUUUUAUGCAAAACGUUGUGGAUAUUUUAAAAGAUUCUAUACAAAAUAUUAAAAUCUGAUUUAUUAUGAUAAUGAUAAUAAAUAGAUAAUGUACAAAGGGUCUUUUAGUUAUAAUUUGUGCUCACUUACUGUGUCUGACAUAAUUUGCACAAUUACAGGUAGCUAAGUAUUUCUUCCACAAGUAAGCUGGAAAGUCACAAAGUUCUCUUACUUGAAUAUUUCUCUCUUCUAUUCUUUUCCCAGACAAAAACAAUUUGAUUAUAAGCUAGAAACAGUCUUUGAAAGGAGUUGUGAAUCUGUUAAAAUAUUAGUAAAUAUUCAAUGUUAUCUCAUGAGAAAAAAGGUUGAAUUGAAUUUA